UCAAACCAUGGUUUGCUUGCAUCAUUUUCCCAGCUACCUUCUCCUGGUCAUCGUCAUCCUCGCUACCAGCGGGGGUGGAUGCCACCAAGAUCAAAGUGCUGCCCUGCUACGCCUCAGAGCUAGCUUCCGCUUCCCAGAUACAGACUCAAAUUGUCCCUGGUUUUCAUUCGACGGAAGAACUCUUUUGCCGUGGAAGGUAGAUACCAGCUGCUGCACCUGGGAUGGUGUAACAUGCGACGGCACGUCGGGCCAUGUCACUGCUCUCGACCUGUCCCGUCUCUGCAUCUCGGGUAAUCUCAGCUCAUCAGACAUCUUUGAACUUACCUCCCUUCGCUCCCUUAGCCUUGCUUUCAACAACUUUGAUGCAAAUCCAUGGCCAAACCGCGGAUUUGAGCAGCUCACAGAACUCAAGUACCUUGACCUCUCGUAUUCUGGUUUGUCUGGUGCUUUGCCCGUCGAGAACGGACAACUUUCCAAUUUGGUUGCUCUAGACCUCUCUGGUCUUGAUCUUAAAAAUUUGAGCCUCCUCCAUACCUUGAUUGACAGCCUUGGCAAUCUCCAGGAACUACAACUUGAAGAGGUAAUCAUUUCGGCCAGUCCCACCGAUUUGGCACAUGCCUCUUCUACAAAUACAACGUCAGGUCUCAAAGAGCUAAGCAUUGGGUGGUGCACGAUCACCGGUGGCCGUUUUGAUACUGAUCUUGCUAAUCUCUUAUUUCAUUCCAAGUUUGCCAAUUUAGUCACGCUAUACCUCUCAGGCUUUGAUCUUAAAAAUUUGAGCCUCCAUACCUUAAUUAGCAGCCUUGGCAAUCUCCAAGAACUAUAUCUUGAAGAGGUAAACAUUUGGUGGGUCAGUCCAAGCGAUUUGGCACAUGCCUCUUCUAACAAUACGACGUCAAGUCUCAAAGAGCUAAGCAUGUGGCAGUGCACGAUCAAAGGCGGCCAUUUUGAUACUGUUCUUACUAUGCUCGCGAAUUUAGAGAUGCUAUACCUCUACGGCUUUGAUCUUAAAAAUUUGAGCCUUCAUACCUUAAUUAGCAGACUUGGCAAUCUCCAAGAACUACAUCUUGAAGAGAUAAUCAUUUCGGCCAAUCCCACCGAUUUGGCACAUGCCUCUUCUACCAAUACAACAUCAGGUAUCAAAAAGCUGACCAUGCUUGGGUGCACGAUCACUAGCGGCCGUUUAGAUACUGUUCUUAGUAAGCUCCCAUUUCUUUCCACGCUGAUCCUUGAUGGCACAAAUAUCAGUGGCCCUACUCCUGUGCCAGAACAUUUUGCAGAUUUCUCAUCGCUGGCAGUUCUUAGUCUUGACAGUUGUGGGUUGACAGGGACCUUCCCAUCUUGGAUAUUUCGUAUUAAAAGCUUAAUGUCUCUGGAUGUAUCGGGGAAUGAGAAUCUAUGUGGAGAGUUGCCAGAGUUCAUACAAGGUAGCGCUUUGCAGGUUUUGAGGCUUAGUGGAACCAAGUUUUCAGGAAAAAUACCAGAGUCUAUCGGCAGCCUCCGAAAUCUGACUGAAUUGGACCUAUCUAAUUGCCUGCUCUAUGGUCCCAUCCCGUCCUUUUCUCAGUGGCCAAUGAUUUCGUGGGUUGACUUGUCAGGUAACAACCUAACUGGUUCAUUACCUUCAGAUGGCUACCUUUCUCUACACAACCUAACCAGAAUUACUCUUAGUAACAACUCGAUAAGUGGUGCGAUACCUGCAUCUCUGUUUUCUCACCCUUCUUUGGAGUAUCUAGAUCUCUCGCAAAACAAUUUCACAGGAAAUUUUCUAUUGUAUCCCAAUAUAUCUUCUAGUUUGACAAAGAUCGAUGUUAGUUUUAACAAACUAGAAGGACCUCUCCCAAAACUGUUGUCAAAAUUUGUAGGACUAGAAUGGCUCGAUCUUUCAUCAAAUAAUCUCACUGGAACUGUGGACCUAAGCUUCAUAAAAAAUUACAGGACGCUCUACUAUCUAUCAUUAUCUUAUAAUAAGUUGUCUGUUGUAGUUGAAGAUGGUAAUCACUCCUACGCAGAACAUCCAAUUAUUUGGGAGCAUUUGGGGUUGGCAUCAUGUAACCUAUCAUAUGUACCUAAAUUCUUGAUGCACCAGAUAAGCAUUACUGAUUUAGACCUCUCAAGCAACAAUAUUGGUGGGCACAUACCUGAUUGGAUAUGGGGAAUUGGAUCUUUAGCUCUUAACCUCUCUCAUAAUUCAUUUACCAGCGUUAAUACAAAUCUAUCGAAUGCAUUAGUUAGUGAUUUUGAUCUCCAUUCCAACAAGAUUGAGGGGGCUCUCCCACUACCCCCAUGGGGAACUUACCGAGCGGACUACUCCAAUAACCAUUUCAAUUCUUCUAUCAUGCCUGAGUUUUGGUCACGCAUUAGCUCUGCUACAUCCCUGUCAUUGGCAAACAACAGCCUUAUUGGAGAAGUUUCCCAUUUGAUCUGCAGUGCAACUAAUAUUGAAGUUCUAGACCUUUCUUUUAACAGCUUCAGCGGAUUAAUACCACCCUGUUUGUUGAAACACAACGAGGGUCUUGAGAUACUGAAUCUAAGAGGUAACAAUUUCCAUGGACCCUUGCCUCAAGACAUCAUCAAUGAAUGUGCCCUUCAAAUAAUAGAUCUCAACGGCAACAAGUUGGAAGGAAAAUUGCCGGUGUCUAUGAUCAACUGUCAAAUGCUACAAGUCCUGGACCUCGGGAACAACCGGAUAGUGGAUACGUAUCCAGAGUGGCUAGGAGUUCUGCCUUUGUUGAAAGUGCUUGUUCUGAAGUCAAACAUGUUUCAUGGUCCCAUUGAUUAUGAGAUGAACAAACAGACGAAUCCUUUCUUCCUAAAGCUGCAGGUUCUGGACCUCUCUUCAAAUUAUUUUAACGGUAGCAUACCUACACGGUUCCUCAAGCAGUUCAAGGCUAUGAUGGUGAUUUCUCCAGGAGCUCCCAGCAUGUAUGUUGAAAUUAUUCCAAAAUCAUUAAAUUCAUCUUCAGGUUACAGGGAAUCGGUCACAGUCUCCCUCAAGGGGCAAGAAACAACACUGGUACAGAUACUUUCAGUCUUCACGUACAUCGAUCUCUCCAACAACAAUUUCAUGGGUGUCAUCCCCAACGCGAUCUGCGACCUGAAGUUUCUCAAGCAGCUCAACCUGUCCAGAAACUCCUUCACCGGCGAGAUCCCUCCCAGCAUCGCGAACAUGAUGCAGCUGGAGUCACUUGACCUCUCCUAUAACCAGCUCUUCGGGGAGAUCCCACCCGCAAUGGCGGCGAUGUCAUUCCUCGAGGUGCUCAACCUCUCCUACAACCACCUGUCAGGGAUGAUACCGCAGUCCAGCCAGUUCUUGACGUUCCCAAACACCUCAUUUCUAGGGAACGACAGGCUUUGUGGGAAGCCGCUGGCACGGCUGUGUGAGACGAACCACGCACCGUCAGCUGCUGCUACACCGGGCUCUUCAAAAGAGCUGAACUGGGAAUUUUUGUCAGUUGAGGUAGGGGUCGUUUCGGGUUUGGCCAUUGUGGUUGCGACCAUGCUGCUAUGGGGUAACGGGAGGGGCUGGGUGUACUGGCACGUCGACAAGUUUUGGCUGCAGGUUCUGCAGCCAUGGAUCUGUCGCCGUCGACGCCGAAAAUGGAUUUCAUGUAUGGUAGUGUGUGUAUGGCUUAGUGAUGUGUGUAAGAAUAUGAGCGAGCACUAGCCGUGCUUUUGCUGGACAUCAUUGAAGUACGUAUAUUUCAAAUUUGGUGAAUAAA